AUGGCCCCAAUACACGAGGAGCCUAAGAGCCUGGCAGCCAGCAGCACGCCCCAGGCCCCAACACCCACCACGCUGCUCACCAGGAACCCUAGCAAAGACGCAGCCCCCAGGCCUGCCCCAGCCUCAUCAGCUCCCGUGGGCAGCAAGGACACAGAGAAGAAAGUUCUUGCCACCAAAGUCCUUGACACUGUCAAAUGGUUCAACAUCAGAAAUAGAUAUAGAUUUAUAAAUCAAAAUCACACCAAAGAAGAUGUGUUUGUACACCAGACUGACAUCAAGAAGAAUAAUCCACACAAGUAUCUACACAGUGUGGGGGAUGGAGAAACUGUAGAGUUUGAUGUGGUUACAUCAAAAAUGGGUGCUGAAGCAGCUAAUGUGUCUGGCCCAGAUGGAGUUCCUGUAGAAGGGAGUCCCUAUGCUGCUGAUUGGUGCAGGUACAGACACGGCUACUAUGGCAGGCACCGUAGACCUCCCCAUAAAAAUCAGCAAGUGGCCAAUGGUCCAAACCACCCAUCUGCACUCCAUGGAUUCCGAUGCCCCUACAACUAUAAGCACCACCCCCGUCCCCUCAACACUGUUUCACAAGAUGGCAAAGAGACCAUGGCAGGUAAAACACCAACUGAGAACCUCACUCCAGCCACUGAACAAAGCAGCCGAUCCUAG